AAAACGACAGCAAUAUUUAUGUCUGUAUAAUAGCUGUAUAUGUGAUGGAUAGGAACAUAUACAGUGUUACUGUAAUAUUAUUAUGAACCAAUAACAUCAUGAUCUUAUUGUUCAUGCAUUUUGCCUCUAAAAUGUGUCAGCAGCAAUAAUAAUUUCGUCAGUUUACCAGCCUGUCUCCUUAUCAAAGACCACAGUGUCAGCACUGUUCUCUGCCUGUAAACUCAGCAUGAAUGUGAUCCAUCAUAUUUAUUUUGGUAAACGUGACAGUGUUUGGAGUGGCACAUAUUUAUGCAUAGGUCAGUGGACAGUAAGGCGUUACAGGAGAGGCAGAGGCAGCAGAUGGCCCGAGGUCUUCCCAAACAGAAGCCCAUCACAGGGGUCAAACAGGUCAUCGUUGUGGCCUCUGGAAAAGGUGGUGUUGGGAAGUCCACUACUGCAGUGAAUUUGGCUCUUGGAUUAAUGGCCAAUGACCCGUCAAAGUCGGUUGGCCUGUUGGACGCCGAUGUCUUUGGUCCAUCGAUUCCCAAACUGAUGAACCUGAAAGGAAACCCGGAGCUCAGUGACAAUAAUUGCAUGAUCCCCCUCACCAACUAUGGGGUUCCUUGCAUGUCUAUGGGUUUUCUGGUUGAGGAUGUGGCUCCGAUAGUGUGGCGGGGGCUCAUGGUGAUGUCUGCUAUAGAGAAACUGCUCAGACAGGUGGACUGGGGGUCACUGGACUAUUUGGUAGUGGACAUGCCUCCUGGGACAGGAGACGUCCAGCUGUCAAUCACCCAGAACAUCCCCAUAGCAGGUGCAGUUAUUGUGUCGACGCCGCAGGACAUUGCUCUGCUGGAUGCUCGCAGAGGAGCUGAGAUGUUCAAGAAAGUGAACGUGCCGGUUCUGGGUCUGGUUCAGAACAUGAGUGUCUUCCAGUGCCCCAAAUGCAACCAUCAGACCCACAUCUUCGGCUCUGAUGGGGCCCGACAGCUCGCAGACACUCUGGGAGUCACGUUUUUAGGUGACAUCCCUCUCCACAUAAACAUCAGAGAGACGUCAGACAGAGGGCAGCCAGUGGUCGUCUCCUCUCCCGACAGCCCCGAGGCGGCUGCGUACAGGAAGGUGGCGUCUGCUGUGGUCCAGAGAUUACAGCAAGUCAGCAGUUGACAGCUUCAAGAUGAAGUCAGCUGGUCGACACAUGUAGACGCUCUACGACGUGUACACAGACGAAUGCACAGCCCCAUCUGCUGUCAUAACGCACAAAAGAAUCUCAGUUCUUGUCAAUAGUGUAAGAGUAUUUUUAUUGUAUAUUCUCUGACAGUAUUUUGUAAAACAGUGCUACAUAAUGUCUUAACCUUUUUUUGAUCUAGUCGCAUGCUGGUGGCCCUAAAUGGCAGCAUAAUAGCUACUGAAGUAACAGCAAUAGUAGACAGUCAUGUAAUACUUCUGUUCUUUUGUUGAAGGAAAUCUUUUUUAUUAUCCUGCAAAAUGUGGACAAAUGUAUUUCAUAUUAUUUGGUUAGUUUUCUGCAUCAUAGUAUCCACAGUGAUUUGUAUAGAGCCAAAUCACCACAGCAGACCCUUCAUGGUGCUUUUAAGGCACUUUAACAUUGAGUGGGAUUUUGUUUGUAAAUGUUUUUACUUGUGUGUUUUUCAGCAUAGUGGAAACAAAGUAAUAAAACAAUCAGAUAUUUCACCUCUGCAAAAUAUUGCUCUCAUUUUAGACAGAAUAGCAUUUGUAGAUCCUAUACUUAUCGAUAUUUCACUGAAACAGGCCCUUGCUGUCUGAAAGUGCCUUCGAAGAAAAGGCGAAAGCCUGGCUAAAAAACAAUGACCUGAAUGUUCUUUUUCAGCUGGUUUAUGCAGUUCCAUCAAUAACCAGCAGAGAGCGCUGUGUGCAUUUUGAAUAAAUGUGCACGGUGAUUUCUAACAAAGAUAUUUAUUCUGUCUUUGUUGGUCUGUGGGAGCUGUCUAAAGCGUUUCCUGUGGCCACUCUGUAGUCUUGGCUGUUAUUUUGUGUUGUGUUUGUGGUUUCUGUGCACAGGCUCCCUCGUCACACUGUCAGGGUUCACUUCGACAGUUUUUUUAGGGAAGGUCAGGCUGAGACCGGACACGCUGGGGUGGCAGAGAAACUAAUGCAUUGCACAUUACUUUAGGAAUCAUUUAGAGUGUCUGUGUGUCGGCAGAGAUUUUGGGCGGGCGGUCAUGUGUGUCAAAUUUUUGUCUCCUUGAAAUUGUUCUGUGGUUCUCUGAGUUUGUUCUGUGUCUUUUUGCUGUUUUGUUUCUCAUUGUGUCUCCAUGUGGUGUCAUUUGUGUGUCUGAGGUCAUUUUGUAUCCUUUUUUCAUGUUGCUUAAUGUCUCUUUGGGUCAUUUAAUGUCUCUGAGAUUGUCUUCUGUCUUCAUGGUGU